AGACGCACCAGUAAGAUCAAACACGCUCAAGUCACAAAACACACGCACAACUCCUCUCGUGCGCCCAAAUACUUUUUCUACAACACAGACAGAAGUGAUUUUCUGCGCAGCGAAGGAGAGGAAACGCUCCUCCGAUCUCCCUGUUUUUUUUCCUGCCCUCCAGGAUUCGGAGAGACCGGAAGAGAAGGGAGCAUACCGGAGCUGGCGAGGCUUCAGGGGUUACCGGAUUUGGACGGAUCGUGAGAGAUGACCGAGGCCGAGCUGUACACACUCUAUAAGGGCGUUUACGUCCCGUCGGCGCUGCACCCGCCGCACUCGCUCAAGUUCUACGAGGACUUCACUUUCCGGCCGGACGACAUUCUCGUCGUCACCUAUCCGAAGUCAGGGACGACAUGGACCCAGGAGAUCAUCCCGCUGGUCGUCAGCGGAGGGGAUUCGGCUUCGGUGGAGACUCUGCCCAACUGGGACCGGGUCCCGUGGCUGGAGGAGAACCGAGCCUGCACCCUCAACCUGGAGGAGAGGCCGUCUCCACGCAUGUUCACCACACACUUCCACCACAACAUGAUGCCGCCGUCCUACUUCCAAGUGAAGCCCAAGGUGAUUUACGUCAUGAGGAACCCCAGAGACGUGUUCACGUCUGCGUACCACUACUUUGGAAUCACCAACUUUCUGGUGAAACCGGGCACGACCAGCGACUUCCUCCGCAAGUUCCUCGACGGAGAAGUCAUCUUUGGGUCCUGGUUCGAUCACGUGAAGAGCUGGCUGAACGCUGAGCAGACGGAGCGCGUGUUGUACAUCUCCUAUGAAGAGAUGAUUGAGGACCUGAAGGGCUCGGUGGCCAAGAUCGCUCAGUUCCUGGAGAAGCCUCUGAGCGGAGAGGUGGUGGAGAAGAUCGCCGACCGAUGUCUGUUCAAGAACAUGAAGAAGAACGCCAUGUCCAACUACUCGCUGGUUCCCCCUGAAUUCAUGGACCAGACCAAGAGUGAAUUCCUCAGAAAAGGAAUCGCCGGAGACUGGAAAAACCUGCUGACAGCAGAGGAAGCGGAGCGCUUCGACCAAGUUUACAAAGAAAAGAUGAAAGAUGUCAAAUACAAAUUUGCAUGGGACUGAAAGGUAUUUUUACCAAAUAAUAAUGCUUGAAAAAAUGGUUGAGAGGGGAAAUUGAACACAUAUAAUCCAUGCAUAAUUAAAUCUCAAAGUCUGACAAGUAAUUUUUUUAACAGACUUUAACUGACUGAGUAACUGCAUGAAGGAUUUCUUCUGCUGCUCCAUGAAACAAAAGAAGGAAAAGAUUAUUGAUUAUUUUGGCGUGUCUGUCCACUGAGGUGGGUUUGAAGAGAAGAAAAGAAAACUUUCAACUUCAGUUUAUUAGCAGUGGUGCUCAGAGCCAACGAGAGAAAACGGCUCUUUAGCCGAAAACGCUCAAACUCUCAGUGUGGAAAUGGACGAAAUGCAACUUAAAAAAAAAAAAAAAAAAAAAAAGAUGGUGCGUGCGCACCGCAGCCACAGUAAAUACUUCUUCUGCACAUA